GGACAUCGUGACCAUGUUCUCCUAAUAUUUUAUCUAUACUGAAUUUUCUAAAUAUUUUUUUAUUCUGUUUAAUUAUGUUGUAUAGUUGAGGUUUGAAGAGUUCAGGGCUAAAUGAUAUCCCGUUAUCUCUCAGCCAAGCAUGCAUUUCUGCUUUUUUAGCAUUCGAGUUAGGGGCAGUUAUAUUCUUUGUUGUGAUAUGAAGCAUUGUCGACUAUCACGACUGAUCUUGGUGGAAGAUUUGGUACCAAUUGAGUUUUUAACCAUUUUUCAUAAUUUACAUAAUUCAUAUCGUCGUGGUAGUCGCCGCUCUUUGUACCCGCCUUAAACAAUAACAAUGCGUUUGUUAUAAAUUUAGACUCAAAUCCAGCAUGCAUAAUCACUACGCGCUGACCUUUUGAGACAGGCUUAUUUAAACCUGUGAUCGAUCCAUCAGACCAUGGUUUUGUAGUAGGUACUAUGCGAGGAAUAGACGUACGAUUCAUCCGUAUAAAUUAUAGGUCUAUUUUUUUUUUUAUAUUACAAUCAUCUACAAACGAUUUUUAACGCAUUGGUAAUCAAGAUUUUUCGAAAAUGAUUAUAUUUCAUGAAAAAUUACAACCUUUAGUGAUUUUCAGAAGAUUUUUCAGGACUACAAACGAAUGAAGGUUAUUACAAUCACCUGCGUUGUUUGUAGAAUAUGUAUAAAUUUUUAUUAUCUUCACAUUUUGUUUUUCAAAUUAUAACUCUUUUUAGAAUAAAAAAUCUGCAAUACAAAUCUUUUAGUAUUACAAUCAUCUACAAACGAUUCUUAACCCAUUGGUAAUCGAUAUUUUUCAAAAAUUAUCAUAUAUGAACAAGACCAAGGCGACCCCUGCCACGCUAUCCGUGAAUUUCUGCAACAUCAGGGGACUUCACUCGAACCUAAACGCCGUCCACUACCAUCUCGAGACGGCGAAGACGGCCUUGCUCUUUCUGACCGAGACGCAGGUUUCCUCUCCGGCUGAUACUUCGUAUCUCUCCUACCCGGGGUACAAAUUGGAGCACUCCUUUGUGCCUCGGGCUGGAGUUUGCGUGUAUGUCAGAGAGGAUCUGUUCUCGACGCCUCGGCAGUCUUGAAGGUUCGGACCUGUCCAUCCAAUGGCUACGCGUAGACAGCAACGACCAUCCGCGCGUCUACGGGUGCCUCUAUCCAAAUUUUGGACCACGUCCAAAUGGCUACAGAUUCUUUGCUACAACAGGUCCCAUCCGCAGAAAUCGUGAUCCUUGGCGACUUUAACGCCCACCACGCCGAAUGGCUCGGUUCACGUUUAACCGAUCAUGCGGGGAGAUCUGUUUAUGACUUUGCUUUGGCAUAUGGUCUGACACAACUGGUUACUUCGCCUACACGGAUUCCAGAUGUGGAGGAUCAUACACCUUCCCUGUUGGACCUUCUGCUGACCUCUCAUCCGGACGGAUAUCAGGUUUCCGUCGAUGCUGUAGUGUUAUGCUACUUACAUAUCAUUUUACACUAUUUUAAAUUCAUUUUUCCAUUCUGUUUUGAUUUUCUGCAUUCACCUCAAAACUGGAUAUUUUGUAUCACCUUUAUUUCCAUAGGAUCCUCUAACGUUUUUAAACCAUAAGAACACAAUAACAAAUCAUUUUCACUUUGUAUUUUCACGCUAUCAGCACUUUUUAAAUCGGUGUCGAUGGAGUCUACCUUUUUCGAUCUUUUAUUUAGUUCUCCGUAACUCUGCAAUUUCGGGCUUCGUGCGCGCUGGUGCGCUACCUUUUUUCCUAUAUCAAUAAUAUCUCAUUUUUCACUUAAAUCUUGCCGUUUCUCUAUUACGAGCCUGAAACCAAAAUUUUACAUGUUUUGACAUCGUUGUUUAUCUGGUUGUCAUGGCAAUUUUUAUUCAAAUUCGUUACCGGUCUGUUGUUUUUACUUCAAUAUUUCCACAUAAAUACUCUUUUCCUCUUGGCCAUUUACAAAAACUUUGCUUUUAAUUUAAAUAAUUUUCCGUUCUCUCUAAAUAGGUAUAAAAGCCGAACAAUCGGCCAAUAAACUGAGUCUCGCUUCAGCUUUCAAACUUGAAGCAUCUCCUAAAGGCCUUAUCCCGGGGCCGCACUGCCCCGGGAUCCUGCAAGCCUCUGCCUUCACCUGAAGUCGUCGCCUAGCCACGCCCACGCCUCCACCUACUAGUGCCCGCGCUAUCUUCAGCCGCUGUGCGCGCUUACUCCAGGCGCUGAGAGCGCCUACUCAAGGUGCUGCGUGUGACUACUCCAGGCGCUACGUGUGUCUACUCCAGGCGCUGCGUGUGCCUACUCCAGGCGCUGCGUGUACCUACUCCAGGCGCUGCGUGUGCCUACUCCAAGCGCUGCGUGAGCCUACUCCAGGCGCUGCGUGUGCCUAGACCAGACGCUGCGCACCUAACACAGGCACGGCCUGUUCAUACUCCGUGAGCGGUGAGCACCACCGCCAAGCGCGGUGUGCCACUUUGGUCUUCGGGAUCCGCUUCAGUACUCAUCUAUCUUCAUUAUCUUUUUUAAAAUAAUUGUAAUUCACGUCAUCCAUCAUCAUCAUCAUACUUCAUUUUUUUAUAUAAAACUGUAAAUAUCUUUUUAAAUUUUAAAUAAAUUAUUCGUUUUUGUUC